AUGGCGCCUCAGGCGAAGAUGGAUCGCUCUUUUGGCGCUCUUACCCCAGCCCUAUCGGAAUGGAUUCUUGAGGCGGUCGAUUCUAUGGGCUUUGUGAAAACCACGCCGGUGCAACACGCGGCCAUUCCCAUGUUCAUGAAGAACUCGGAUGUCGUAGUCGAGGCCGUCACCGGAAGUGGAAAAACCCUAGCUUUUCUUAUACCUAUUGUCGAGCGGUUGCUGCGACUGGAUGCGCCCAUAAAGAAGCAUCACGUGGGCGCCAUAAUCAUAUCGCCAACCAGAGAACUCGCAACACAAAUUUACACAGUUCUAGCUUCCCUUCUUAGAUUUCACGCCCCCUCGGCAGCCCUGUUGGACCCGGAAGAUGAAGAUACCGACAUGGAAGAUGCUGACGCUCCACCAAAGCCAACUUUUCCACCAGGAACCCUGAGAGUUGUUCCUCAGCUGCUCCUGGGUGGCUCAGUUACGCCAGCACAAGAUCUCAGCAGAUUCUUGAAGUCAUCAACCAACGUUCUCAUCGGUACCCCUGGUCGCCUUCUCGAACUCCUCUCCUCACCGCACGUUCACUGCUCACAGUCGUCUUUUGAUGCUCUUGUACUUGAUGAAGCCGAUCGACUUCUGGAUCUUGGCUUCAAAGAUGACUUACAGAAGAUUCUUUCUCGUCUACCCAAGCAGCGCCGAACUGGCCUCUUCAGCGCAAGUGUCAGUGAGGCAGUCGACCAGCUCAUUCGCGUCGGCCUCCGAAAUCCAGUCCGUAUCGCCGUCAAGGUCAAGGCCCGAGCCGCCAACAGUGCGGCAGGCGAGGCUGGCGCGAUAGAGGACAAGAGGACACCUGCGAGUUUGCAAAUGUCAUACCUUGUCAUGCCCGCGUCCCACAAACUUCCAGCCAUCAAGAAACUACUGGCGUCCUUGCAGCCACAGCCUCAAAAGUCGAUCAUGUACUUGGCGACAUGUUAUUCCGUCGAUUAUUUCCAGCACAUCCUACCAGAGGUCCUCAAGGGGUAUACCAUUGUUCCUAUGCAUGGCAAGCAUCCCGACAAGGUUCGCCGUAGAAACUUCAACAAGUUUGUUGAUAGCAUGACACCAAGCAUUCUCUUAACUACCGAUGUUGCAGCUCGAGGUCUCGACAUACCUUCAGUCGAUCUAGUCCUGCAACUUGACGCACCAAGUGACCCCAAGACCUUCAUCCAUCGAUGCGGUCGUGCCGGUCGAGCUGGCCGGAAGGGGUUGGCUGUAACCUUUCUCAACCCAGGCCGCGAAGAAGAUUACGUCGAGUUUCUCCGAGUCCGACAAACACCAAUAUCACCUCUGACCACCCCAAAAAUCGAAAUCUCAGAAGAAGAAGCACAUGCAAUCAGCAACAAGAUAAGAAAAGUAGUUAAAUCCGACCGAGCACUAUUCGACAAAGCCCAACGCGGUUUCGUCUCCUGGGUCCGCGCAUACAGUAAACACACGGCCAGCUCCAUAUUCCGCAUCCCCGACCUCGACUGGACCGAACAAGGCCACUCAUGGGGCCUCCUCAAGCUCCCCAGCAUGCCCGAGCUCAAAAAAUGGGACGGCGACCGCAGCCUCGGCGUCACCAUUGAUUUUGCCACUUACGCAUACAAAGACAAAGCCCGUGAACAGCAACGCCAGACCGAGCAGGCCGAAUACGAAGCGACCAAGGCUGAGGGCAAGAAGAAGAAAUAUGUUCCGGAAGAUAAGAAGGCGGCAGCUUGGACGCACCAAAAGGAUUUGAAGGCGCUCAAGGAGUUGAGGAGGGAGAAGAAGACGGCGAAGCGCGAGCAUGAGCGUGUGGCUGCUAUGACGGAGGAGGAGCGCAAGGAGGAUGAGAGGCUGAAGGGCAUGAUUGCCCAGGUGAGAAAAAGGGUGGCAGAGAAGGAGGCACAGGAUGAAGGAGAUGAGUUUGAGGGGUUUAGCGAUUAA